AACGCGUGCUCACAUGCUUAGUCGUAUCGUGUUCAAACAUUAAUUGACGACAGGUUGCAAAUAACGUAUAUUUGACCAAUAAAAAAUUUUCCGGUUUUUUUUUUUUUUUUCGAGAAAAUUAAUUACUAAAGGAAUGGAUCCAAACAGACAGAACAGACCAGCAUUUCCAGAGUUCGAACCGUUAGCUAUCAUGGAGCACAUUCCGCUUAUUUUGAGGAUAGCGGGACUUCAACCCGAAGCCAACGGCCAUUCAUACUCCAAUGGACAUUCCAGCCCUGAACCUGAAGUGAUUGUUGAAUCAGCUCCGGAACCAGAAGCUCCGGAACCAGAAGUAGCAGCGGAUGUAGUAACGGAAUUCUCGAGUGAAACCUCCAGUCUUUCAUCGUCUUCCAGUCCGGAGAAGUGCAACUGUGACGCUCUCGCUGAAAGACAACGCAGAACCAAAGAGAAAAUUUUUGAAUUAAUUGACGCUCUGGUUGAUGCUUCUAUGUUCCAAUAUAUAGAAAUAAUUGAUAAAUUUUGUUCGAAGUGUUCUGUAACAUUGUUUUGUGAGGUCACAUUACAAGAACAACUAACCCGAAUUAAUCAAUUAAUUAGAAAUCAACGAAACAUACUACAAUAAUCGUAAAAUUAUUAAUUUUUAUUAGUGAUUAGUGAAAUUGUGAGAUCUGUUUUAAAUACGUGAUCACAGAUUUAUAUGUGUGUAAAUAUUGUUCAUAAGUUUUAUUUCAUUUUCCUUAACAACUUUUUUCUAAUUUUGAAAUUUUUAUGCGGUAAAAAAAAAUUAAUUAUAAAAAACAAUUUUGAAAGAAAUGUUAUUUAAAUAGAAUUUUACAUAAAUACGAUUGA